GGGAUCUGGGGGCAUAUUUUAUAUUCGAUCCUCUUCUUGUUUUUUGUUUGCUACUCACAGCUAUUUAGCUCAGCAACAACAAAAUAUGUCCAUAAAGCGUUUAUCACUACUCGUCUGUCCGACUCAAUUGCAAGUAACGAUAAGACCGUCAUGUAAUUGCGUCAGUUCCGCCAGCUGCUAGUUGUAUUUGCACAAGGCUAAAGUUACUUAUAUAAUGGGACCAGAAGGAUGAGUCAAAACAGCCACAACAUGAAUGUGUUUGAUCGUUUGGCCAAGAAAUUGCAAAGGGACCGAACUGCAAAGAAUGAGGAUUACCAUCAAUUUAACUACCUCAAGGAUGAAGUUGGCAACAGAUUAUCAGAUCGAGUGUAUGACAUCAACAGAAAAUUCAAAAAAGGCCUGGAUUUAGGUUGUGGGUAUGGACAUGUGAGCAGACAUCUAACAAAGGAUGCAGUGGAGGAGUUGGUCAUGUGCGAUCAUUCAGCGUUAGUUUUAGAGAAAGCCUCGAUACCGGAAGAUACGACCAUAAAUUGUCAGAAAAUUAUUGUGGACGAAGAAAGUCUUCCCUUUGAAAAAGAGAGCUUUGAUCUCGUUAUGAGUAGUUUAAGUUUACAUUGGGUAAAUCAAUUACCGAGCACUUUCUCUCAAAUUAUGAAAUGCCUACGUCCUGACGGUGUAUUUAUUGGUGCUCUUUUUGGAGGCGAAACCCUGUACGAACUGAGGGGUUCACUGCAACUAGGAGAGACCGAACGGGAAGGAGGUUUCGCUGCACACAUAUCACCCUUCGCUGCAAUCCGAGACAUUGGUGGACUUCUUAACUCCGCUGGAUUCACCAUGCUAACCAUCGACACUGACGAAAUAAGCGUAGGCUACCCUUCAAUGUUCGAACUAAUGGAAGAUCUUAAAGGAAUGGGCGAAAAUAACGCCUCGUGGAUCCGCAAACUGCAUUUGCAUCGGGACACGAUGUUCGCUGCGUCAGCCAUAUAUAAAGAACUCUAUGGAAAUGAAGACGGGUCUAUUCCAGCAACGUUUCAGAUUAUUUACAUGAUCGGUUGGAAACCUGAUCCUUCACAGCCUAAACCCCUCGAGCGCGGAACAGGAGAAAUAUCCAUUAAAGAUCUCUAUCGGCUCGAUGAAGUCGUGAAAAAUGCCACCGAGAACAUGGUCAAGCAAACUGCUAAAGAAAUUACUCACAAUUUGGAGGAUGACGACGGGAAAAAGAUGUAACGCUUGUUGUUCUCCUUAAUUUAUUAGUUUCACAAUAAAGCCUUCCAUAGUCAACCUA